AUUCGCACUAAGUAUUCAAAUGGCACCUCAUACUUGCUGGAGUUGAUAAAAAAAAUCAGUAUAAUUGUUCACUAAAUGUGUUAGAAAUUUUCUUUUUUUUUCAUAGUGUUGUGUAGUGAAAUGUAUGGAAUUCAGGGAAAGUAAUAAAAGUGCUUUAAAAUGAGACGAAGGCGUAAAUAGUGAUAACACUAUCUGUGUUGACUAAGUUUGCUCUACUUUUGUUUAGAAUCGUCAACUGCCAAGACGACGCCCUGUGCCGAGGUUCGCGUUCAACUGGGCACUCUCAGGCCUGUUGUCUUAAAUUUUGUACCGGGUGAGAGCCCGGUAGUUAAUGCCAUAUGCAUGUUUAGCGCGUCAUUGUGUUGGCGGGUGCGAGAGGCGGAGUCGUGACCGCGGCAUUAUCGCGAGAGAUGCUUCAGCUGGCUGGCAGGGGAUGCUCGGCCAGACGCGCCGCACACUGAGCCGUGCGCACACGCCGCCACGCCCGCGCCAUGCACGCCGACCCCGAGUCCCCCGCCUGCCGCGAGGAGACCUCCCUCCUCCCCGACGACUGGCUCAAAGUCAAAGCCGUUCGCUCCAACGGCAACCUUUCCCCCGGCGUCUACUACCCCACCACCACCACCAAGAGGUUCGUCGCGCAGCACCCCCAACGCUGCCUUGUGCCGUCUGACACCGACACCAACCCGAGCCGCUCGCACAGAUAUGGUGCGUCAAGGAGGGCGAGGAGGCGAGCUAUCCUCAAAAAUGGAGAGUGCAAUAUCCUCAAAUCGAAGAUAUCGCAGCGUCGGUUGCGGUUCCUGCAGGAUAUGUUCACGACCCUGGUGGACGCUCAGUGGCGGUGGACCCUCCUAGUGUUCACCCUGUCCUUCAUCCUUUCGUGGCUGGGUUUCGCCCUUAUCUGGUGGCUCAUUGCGUUUACACACGGUGACUUAGAAGAGGAUCACAUGCCGCCUAUGCAAGAAACCACGAAUUGGAAACCCUGUGUAUUCAACAUUUUUGAUUUCACGUCAUGCUUCCUGUUCAGUAUUGAGACACAGCACACCAUCGGUUAUGGUGCCCGUACUACCACCGAGGAAUGUCCGGAAGCUAUAUUCAUAAUGUGCCUGCAGAGUAUUGUCGGUGUGAUGAUCCAAGCCUUCAUGGUGGGCAUAGUUUUCGCCAAGAUGACGAGACCCAAACACCGGACACAGACGCUACUAUUCUCGAAAUAUUGUGUGGUGUGCCAGAGGGACGGUGAAUUGUGUUUAAUGUUCCGAGUCGGUGACUUGCGGAAGUCGCACAUCAUCGGAGCGAGUGUUAGAGCUCAGCUGAUACGAUCUAGGACGACGAAAGAAGGAGAGCUAUUGUCACACUAUCAAACUGAACUGGAGUUGAACGCUGACGGAUGCGACAGUAACCUAUUCUUCAUCUGGCCUAUUACGAUGGUGCAUAGGAUAAACGCUGAGAGUCCAUUUUAUGGGGUGUCGGCCGCGGAUGUGCUUCAGGAAAGGUUCGAGAUUGUUGUGAUAUUGGAAGGUACGAUAGAGUCGACUGGUCAGACGACGCAGGCGCGUUCAAGUUAUACGACGAGUGAAAUAAUGUGGGGGCACAGGUUCGUGCCGCUAGUGUCGUACAACCGCGAACGACAGGGCUACGAGGUGGACUACUCCAAGUUCGACGAGACCCACCAAGUGGACACGCCACUGUGCUCCGCUAAGGAACUUGACGAGUUCUAUGGCAACCAGCCGGACCGUAGAUCUAUUGGGUACAUGGCUGUGGGCUCUCCGAUAGCCGACGAGAUUAUCUACCGCAACACGCAGCCGUCCCAAACCUCACAGACCACCGGCUCUGUCCCUCCCUCGCCCCUCAUUAGGCUCUCUGAUAGACUCGUAGUCGACGCUAUAAGAAGAGCGAGCCUCACACAUAGACCCUCAAUAGUCAAGUACCCCCCAGAUUAUUUCAACAAGGAAGAAGUGUCCUCCUCCUCCAGUGAAGAUGAAACCAAGAAGAAGAAGAAACGGAAAUCGAAAAAUCUUGACGAUGUUUAGUUGUAAUUUAAUUAGUUACGUAUGUAACAAAUCGUAUUAAUAUGAUAACUAAGUAUUUUAACUGAAUAUAGCCGUAUAUUUUAAAUUUAAGACUAGAAUUAAGAAUCUUCUGAUUAACAGUAUAAUUUAUUCAGAUAAUGUAAUAUUCCUAAAAGUAAGUUAAGAUAAAUUAAAAUAGCCCGCCAUUACUUAAAGCGCUAUCUAUUGUCGAGUAGCGGUUUUAUUAUGUUAUAACAGUGAACAACAGAAGUUUUUGAAAAUAAUAAUAUUUUAUUAAGUAUUUAUUCCAUAAUAUUGUGAGGGCUUGUUAGAAAAUCGAAUCCCCAAUUGAAAUAAAGACAAGAAGAAAAAAAGGUAAAAAUGAAAGUCUUCUGAAAAAUUUAUAAAUACAUUUUAAUACCUCUUUUUUCUGAUAAACCAUCAGGAAAAUACAAAGAUUUAAAUUGAACUAACCAAUAUGGCGGCGCCUGCACCGCUACAGGCCCCUGGGAUCACUAUUUGAAUAGACGAAAUAAUACCACCAAUUGAAAAAAGUCACUCAGAUUAUGAGAAAGAUCUAAAUAUCUAACUUUUUAAAAUAAUAGUAUUAUCCACCUUAUUAAAGAAUAUAAAAAUAAUGAUAGGGACGAAUUAUGUUGAGAAAUGUACUAAAUACUAGUGCCAGUAUAAAGUUACACAUUAUUUUUUUUGUAAAAAUACCUAGUUUUUCGCUACCGGUACCGAAAUGGAAAAAAAUACUUGUUGGUUCUAAUUAUUAAGUAUUGGAGAUACUAAUUUCGAUUUCUUCGAAUUUUAUAUGGAUUAUAAAUUCGGUAUCGGUACUUAAAAACUAAACUAAAACACUUUUACAUAUAAUAAUAAAUUCGUUAUGUGCCUAUAACUUUAUUAAUUGGAAGCUAACAUGAAUAAUUACGUAACAAUCAACGUACUAUAAUUAUAUCACACAUUUUGUUUUUAUAAUAAAUAAUCAUUUAAAACAGACACUAAUAUAACUAUUUGUACAAAAUUUCCAAACAGAGCGCUUCACAAUUUGAAUGAUAUUCUUAAAAACUAAAUUUUAUUAUUUUAUAAUAUUAUAAUGUAUAAAAAAGUAAAAACAUAAUGAUUGCAUACAUAAAUAUACCUAAUUAAGUAUGUAGCUGAAAAAUAUAUUGUUUUUUUUUAUAAAAUUAACCUAAUUCUGGGUUAAUUGUUAAAGAAUCUGUAACAUAAUCUAUAUUAUACAUAAUUAUAAUUAUUUUUAUUCUAUAAUUGUUUCAGAAGAUCAUUUUUUGUCAAUCGCCCUAUGUAGAAAUAAGCAAAAUUUAGGCACUUUUAUAGCUACUUGUACAUUCGCGAGUUACGUAGCUUGGUUACAGACUUUUAAUAAUACUUAUUUCGUAUUCGCACCAUCUCUUGGUUGGAUUUUAUCCACAAUAAGCGCAUUAAAUAGCCAAUAUAACUUAUAACUAUAAAAUCGAUCUAUUGGUCUCACUUUUACUGGUUUUAAAAUAGACAGGGGCCAUUAUUUUCCUAUAGGAAAUCGAACGAGUUUACGAUGUCUGAUUUCCUUUACAAUUGUUCCAUCGUUAGUUUGACUGUCGACAGAUUAAUAUUUAAUAUCCUAUAAUCUAUUUUUUUUUAUACUUGAUUCAUUUUCAUUCGAUGAUUCCCAACUCUAUGCAAUGU